UUUGGCAGCGAUAGCAUUCCUUCUUUGUCGCUGAUGAGAGAUGCCGAAGAAAAAACGCCAAGGAUUGGUCAUCAAGGAGGACAAGGAUGGCAAAACCAAGAAGGCCCAGAAAGCGAAGGACGCGAAGGAUGCGAAGGACGGGAAGACCACGGAGGGGAGCAGUGCUGGAGCCGCUGGAUCCAGCGCUCCGCCGGCACCGUGGCUCCAUGACUACUCAGCGGAGCUGGAGGCAGCAGUGGCGUGGCUCCUUUGGCCGAUGACACCUGAAGACUUCUUUCGUGAGUACUGGGAGAAAAAGCCCUUACACCUGAAGCGCAGUGCUCCCAAGUACUACGAGGGUCUCUUUGCGAAGUCCGACUUGGAUCAAGAACUGCGACAGGGCAAGGUGCGCUACCAGGAACGGCUGAACUUGGUCCGUUUCGAAGGGAAGAAGAUCGAUCUCAACAAAGGGCCAGGGAUUGCCAGCUUUCAGGAAGUUCAAGAGGCUUGGAAGGCCGGCGCGACUCUUCAGGUUCUUCAUCCCCAGCAGUUCCAUUCAGCAGUCAGGGCAACCAUGGCAGCAUUGGAGCGGAGUUUCGGUGCUCUCUUUGGUGCUAAUGCCUAUGUGACGCCAGCUGGACAGCAGGGCUUGGCACCACACUACGACGAUGUGGAGGUCUUCAUGUUGCAGUUGGAGGGUUCCAAGCACUGGAAACUCCACCGCCCGCCCGAUGAUGCGAGCUGCGAAUUCCCAUUGCCACGCACGGCAUCCAGAGAUUUCCAACAGGAGGAGUUGGGUGAGCUGCUGAUGGAGUGCCUUUUGCAGCCAGGUGAUCUCUUGUACUUUCCUCGCGGGACGGUACACUCUGGCAUCGCAGAGGGAGGCUUCAGCAAUCAUUUGACGGUCUCGACAUACCAAGGAAUCUCUUGGCACAGCUUCCUGGAGAAAGCAUUGGCGGGUGCUCUGGACAAAGCUGCAGGUGAAGAUCCUGAAUUUCGAAGCGGUCUUCCAUUGAACUUCAGCCACAUCAUGGGAUCCUGGUACGAGCUUGGAAGCGAAUCUGGGCCGCGAGAAAGUUUUCGCCGCAAAGCCAAGAGCCUUCUCACUCGCCUGCAGGAAUUCAUCGAAAUGGACGAGGUGUGCGAUGAAAUGGCUGUCGAUUUCAUGACACAACGCUUACCGCCUCGCCCAGCUUCGAAGGAGCCGAAGGAGAAACAAAGCAGUGAAGCGAUCACUGCGGAUACCAAAGUGAAGUGGUUGGACCCCUCAGCGGUUCGGCCCAUGUUGAGCACGGACCCAGAAACCUCAGAAGCCACGGUGCUGCUCUUCCACUCCGUGGGCAACGACAGCGGGCGCCACAUGUGCAAUGCCGAAGCGGCGGAGGCCGAAGAAGUUGGCUGCUUGCGAUUCGAGGCUUCCACGUUUCUGCCUGCAUUACGGGCUCUGCAUGCAGCAGGAAUGGCUGCUGUGCGCUGUGGUGAUUUACCAUUGGACGAAAACGAUGCGAUUGCGUUGUGUGAGAAUCUCCUCGAAGCUGGUUGUUUGGAGCUGUGCAGUGAGGGUCGCAACGGCUGAAGAGGCACCUCGAGUUGCAGCAGUGGCUGUGUCCUGGCGCAGUCGAGAUUCCCACGACCCUCGCGCUCAACGAGCUCAUCAAGCUCAUCGAGCUCAGCUCAGCGCAGCGACCAGAAGCUCCACGUCGGUAUCCGCUCGUGAAAAAAAA